CGGGGCGGCGCUUCAUUGCGUUGUACUGACUGUUUACUUCCGUCAAUAUUGAAGAAAAGCAGCAAUUUGUUUUCUUCAUACAACAAAGAAAUCACGCUCUGCAGAAGAUGCCAUUCUUGGGCCAAGACUGGAGAUCUCCUGGCUGGAGUUGGAUCAAAACCGAGGACGGAUGGAAACCCUUCCAGUUGUUCGACCACGAGUUGAGGGAUAACAACAAUGAACUCGAGCUGGAAGAGCUGGACAAUGAAAACAAGGAGAACAUGUAUGCUGGAGAUGUAUGUGAAGUAGCUGCCAAAAAGAGGAAAAAGGAUUACGUAAACAACAAUACCAAAUCACAGUUUUUGUACAGGGAGAGAUGGAUCUACGUUCAGAAAGAGAGCACAAGAGAGAGACAUGGCUACUGCACGCUGGGCGAGGCUUUCAACAGGCUUGACUUCUCCAGUGCCAUCCAGGACGUGCGCAGAUUCAACUACGUAGUGCAACUUCUGCACUUGAUUGCAAAGUCCAAGCUGACGUCUUUGAGCGGCGCUGCUCAGAAGAACUACUUCAAUGUGCUGGAGAAGAUUGUGAGAAAGGUCCUGGACGAUCAUCAGAACCCGCGGCUGAUCAAAGCUUUGCUGAAGGACCUCAGCUCGGGGCUGUGUAUUCUCAUGCGGGAAUGUGGCAAGUCUGUGCUCGUUGGCAACAUCAACAUCUGGGUUUGUCGCCUGGAAACCAUUAACAACUGGCAGCAACAGCUUAACAAUUUACAGAUCCCUAAGCAAAUCUCCAGCGGCAUGACACUGAGCGACCUUCCCCUGCACAUGCAGAACAACAUCCUGUACAAGUUUAGCGAUGCCUGUGACAUCAUCAACCUGGGACAGGCCACGCCUACUUUGCACAUGCUCAGUGAGGAUCGGCAGCUGUGGAAGAAGCUGUGCCAGUUUCACUUUGCCGAGAAACAGUUCUGCAGGCACUUGAUUUUGUCAGAGAAAGGCCAUGUGGACUGGAAGCUGAUGUUCUUCACACUGCAGAAAUACUACCCAAAGAAGGAGCAAUACGGAGACACACUCCACUUCUGCAGGCACUGUAGCAUCCUCUUCUGGAAGGACAGACACCUGGCUUUGCUCUUUAAGGAUACGGGACAUCCCUGCACAGCGAAUGACCCAGACAGCUGCCUGACACCUGUUUCUCCUCAGCACUUCAUUGACCUAUUCAAAUUCUGAAGCUCUGCAGCGUUUUCUAGACUUCACAGGCACCUGCACAGCUCCGAAUCUUCCACUCCAGCCACUCCCCAAUGACAAUGACUUUCAAUCUGCUAAAUACACCUCUGACCGAACUCCGAUUCCUUAUUUCUGACUCCAGUAAAAACUCUAUAUCCUGUCCUUUAGCUGGACAGCCAAACUGUGGGUGCAGCGUGUGUGAAAAAAGCCGAAUCUCUCACUUUCCGUUAUGAAAUGACUGGUGUCUUUUGUUGGUUUUUUUUCCUCCUUCACCCAAACUUUAAGGGCUUAUUAGAAAGAUGUCAUGGUUUCAGUGUUUUCUUGUCUGUCAUGUUGUCAUUUGUUUUCAGAGAAGUGAGCUCUACAUGAUAUUCAGUGCUGGUCUAAGGGAGAGCGGGGUGUAGAUAUAGGUUUAGGGGUGAGGGUAGAUAAUAAUGAGGCUUUGCUGCAUGCUACAGGAGAGAUUGAAGUACUUUGGGAGAGAGCAGAAGAAGCCGUUCCAUUCGGACUUCAUUUUUCGUAGCAGCCGAUUGCAUGUUUGAAGUAGCUGUAGGUUUGUGUUUACGUCUGUUUUUCCUUGUGUUAUUUCCUUGUGCCGUGCAUAUAUCUGAUGUAUUGACACUAAAGUGUACAUUUGCGUUGCGUUAUUUGCUGUACAAAAAAGAGUAACUUUUUACGAUACACUUUUCUCAAAUCGAGUCGCGGAAAAAAUAAUGUAAGCAUUGCUAUUUAUGAAACAAAUGUAUUUUAUAUCCUUUCUCUUGACUUUGUAAUAUUCCUUUGGUAUUCCAGGAAUGUACUUGUAAUAGAAGUUGGUCCACCUAGAUGGUACUGUUGGAGAUUUGAUAGAAACGUGGAAACCUAUAAUGCUGAUUAAAUCUUUUGAUGAAAGAUUA